AUGAACGCGCUCUUCAACUCAGCCCUCCGACAAUCAACAAGCAUACGAAAAGAUCUGGACUUGUUCGCCGAUUCGUCCACCCCCUCACCUGCUCUCCAAGGCCAGAUCUCCGCAAGCCUCGCUUCAUUCUCCCGUACCAUCGAUGACUACAGCAAACUCGCAAAACAGGAGCCCAUACAAACGAAGCAGGAAAAGGCAUUUGAGCGGGUCAAGAACUUCAAGGCGGAACUGAACGAGUAUCGAGAGAACUUUGGGCGUAUAAAGAGUGCAAAUGAAGAUGUGCAAACAACGCACGCGAGAACGGAACUGCUAGGCAGACGACCACACCACGCGGCUACACCAGAAAAUCCGUAUGCGCAAACAAACGUAAACGCGGCUGCUGCGCAGCACUCAGCCUUCGCCGCUUCGCGACCGUACGACCCAAAUUCUCCGUAUACCGCAAACCCUUACUCUGCCGGUGCGCCUGUCGGUGCCGACUAUUCGCGCGAGUCACAUGCCUUCCGUGAGAACACUUUCAUGAACAAGACUUCGGAACAGCUGGACGAAUUUUUGGACAGGGGAAGGGCCGUGUUGGGCGACCUGGGACACCAGAGGGACAUCCUCAAGGGGACGCAGAGAAGACUGUAUAGCGUAGCGAAUACGUUGGGUAUCAGCGGAGACACCAUACGCAUGGUCGAACGAAGAGCGAAGCAAGAUAAGUGGAUAUUCUGGGCAGGAGUUAUCAUCUUCUUCCUCUUCUGUUGGCUCGUGCUGCACUUCCUGCGGUAG